ACUUUUUCGUAUCCAAUCAGAUGUUGAUAUGACUCUACCGCUAGGGCGUGCGUUAUCUGAUUGGUUGGACCGACUUGACUUUUAACUUUGAAAAAUACCCGCUUGCAUUUCCUGCUGACAUGUUUGGGGGCAUGACCAACCUGAAGCAGCGGCGCAGGAAAUGGAAGACCAGCAGGAGGCGCCGUGCGAGGCAGUGGAGCAUAGCCGCGGCGAGCCCUGGAGCAGCCGCCACCGCCCCUGCACACGAGCGCCCUGCAGACCCAGUGGCUGAGUGCAGUGCAGUUGAGAAGGUUGUAACGCAGUUGGCUCCAGUCACCAGGGUCAGCAUUUUCUCCAACCUGCUGCUGGCUGUAUCCUCGCUGUACUGGGGCUGGAGGUCCCAGCUGAUUAAGGUGUGUUCCAGGCUGUGGGGUGCUCUGUUCCCCUCCCGGGUGUGCCUGCAGGAGAUCAACGCUUUGCAGCAGAGGGUGGAGGAGCUGCAGGUGGAGAUGGCCAGACUGCGCAGCGCACUGCAGCUGAGUGGAGCGGUGAAUAUAGUGUGCUCUUGCCAGGCUCCUGACGCCAGGGGCUGGGCUAUUUCCCCUCUGCAGCUGCCACCACCACACACCCCGUCUGUUAAGGGACACGGCAUGCAGCUCCCGGCUCUGGCAGCCCUCCCCCCGGCUCCUCCUCCUCCUCCACCCCCUCCCCCACCUGUGCUGCCCGCGCCAAAGCCACUGCAAAUCCUGAAGAAGUCUGGGAGCACCACAUCACGUCAGAGUCUUGCAGUGAAACAGGUUGGCCCAGCUGCAGUGACCCUCAGGGACCUGCUCAACGUGAAGCUGAGGAAAGCUAAUGCAGCUCUCCACAAGCCCCAGGUAGAGGAGGACUGCCCUGGCUCAGAUCCCAGAGCUGAGACUUCACUGCAAAAACCAUUGUGGCAUUCAAAAGGGAAAGAAUUGACUUGUCAGGCGAUCUCUCCUGAGAAGACGCGUGCCCCUCUGAUAACAAUGUCGGACCUCCGGAGAGUCAGCCUGAGAACCUCGCACACCGACCUGCCUCCCAAGCUCAAAAUCGGGCUGCACAGGACCCCCAGUAAGAGCCCUCUGAAUCUGCGCAAGCACCUGAAGAAAGUGAACAUAGACAGGAGCCCUGGGGGGACCCCACUGUACGAGAAGGAGAACAGGGAGACUGGCACCGGCCUCACACCCAUCAUGACGCAGGCGCUGCGCCGCAAGUUUCAGAUGGCUCAUCCUAAAAGCCCUUCUCCUUCGAACCGGGCUGUGAACAGGAGUUUUGAUGACGCAAACAACUAAACUACUGCACUUUAUUUUAUUUGUUUUAUUUAUGGUUAAGUGUGAUGGUGGUGGUGCAGCUGGCAGCCAUUCCAGUGCUUUAUGAAAGCAGCGGACAGCAAAGGGAAUCUCCACUGCUGCGCGACCAGGUUUUAUACGCAGCUCAGGGAAUCUCCACUGCUGCGCGACCAGGUUUUAUACGCAGCUCAGGGAAUCUCCACUGCUGCGCGACCAGGUUUUAUACGCAGCUCAGGGAAUCUCCACUGCUGCGCGACCAGGUUUUAUACGCAGCUCAGGGAAUCUCCACUGCUGCGCGACCAGGUUUUAUACGCAGCUCAGGGGUGUGGGAAGCCACUUCUCCCUGUCCUGCAUCCAGUUCUGUUUUAAAACAUUUUAUACGCUCCAUUUUUAAAAAAAAAAUAUUGUGUAAAUGAAUGAUCAGGGCUCUGUUAUGAACUGGUAUAUGACAGCGUCUGUAAAUCUUUCUGAAAGGACAGGCAUGCAGUUCUCUGGAAAUAUUCAAAACUGCUGGUUUCAAACCUCAGUUAGUUCUAAUCUUGGACUGCUUUACCUAAGGUAACAUUAGCUAGUCUAACAUUGCUAAUCGGGGUCUGUGAAUUUAGAGUGAUUUCCUGAUAUGGCAUGCUCUCUUUUUAUUAAAUGUGAGUGAUGCAGCUGUUUGGGGAUAGACACCUGAAUUCUACUUUUUGCAUCAGUUUUAGGCCCCCCUUGCACGGGAAGAAACCUGUUAAAAAACUUUAAAAAAAAAAAAAAAUAAAAGAAUUCUAAACUGUAAUAAUAAUUACCUGGGUGGUUGUUCACUUUGGAAAGGUUUUCAUUACACAUCUCGUAUCCUUUUAAAUUGCAUGUGUUAUUAGGUAUACAUUGAAUGUAACGUUUCACACUUAAAAUAAUUAUUUGAAUUCUCAUUCAGUUCAACAGUACUGUAUUUGCAGCGUGUUUGUGAAAUUUGUUUUUAAAUACCCUAGAGAUUGUUUUGUCAAUGCUAUGCAAUAAACAAUGUAUUGAAUA